AUGGGUGCGGGUGUGGCGGUGGUUCCGUGCGGGGGGUGGGGACUGGCCCUGCUGGUCCUGGCGCUCUGGGCCCCGGACGCCCCCGGACACCCCCGCCCCGCAGCCCGCGGGAACAAGAACUGGUGCGCCCACAUCGUCAACAAGAAUGUGAGCUGCUCUGUGCAGGAGGGAACUGAGAGUUAUAUUCAGGCUCAACCCUACAAAUGUGUCUGGAACCACAUUCCCUGCCCAUCAACACUAGCAUACCAAGUGAGUUUUCGACCCAGAUAUGUCAUUAAGUACAAGACAGUCACACAGCUGGAGUGGAGAUGCUGCCCAGGAUUCAGAGGUCAUAACUGCCAAGAAGGACCCAGGGAACCAGGGAAAACUCUUCGACCAUCUACGUUACCUCGGCGCAGUUUGAAAAAACCCACAGAUGCAGACCCUAAACCAACCCCAGAGCCAAAGAGAGUGCCAGAACAGAACCAGAACACGGAGCCCAAACCGGACCCUCCGGACCCGCAAGCCAAGAGGAUCCAGACCCUCGAGGACCAAGUUCGCUGGCUCACCCGGGCGGUCCAAGACCUCCAAUCCUCCAUCGCCAAGGUGAACGACUACCUGAAGCACAUGGUUCAGGACGACGCCAGUAAGGCGCUGGCCUCGUGGCUCAGCGGCCUUCCCGGCCCCCGGGGGCCGGACAGCGCCCGGGGGGGCCAGGAGGAAACCAUCCUGCUGCCCGAAGGCUUUGGCCGCGAAGACUCCGGCAUGAGGGGCAUCAAGUCGGAGCUGGCGGAGGUCAAGGACGCCCUCAAGACCAAGAGCGACAAGCUGGAGGAGCUCGAUGGGAAAGUCAAGGGCUGCGAAGGGCAGCUGAGGCAGCUGAGAGAAGCCGCCCAAGGCCCCACGGUCACCUUCCCGGCCGAGCAACUGCUCCAGACCGUCGUCGAUGAGAAAGUGGCUGCCCUCAGGGAGGAGAUGCUGGAGGGCAUCGACAGGAAAAUGGCAGACCUGAAGAAUUCUUGCGAGUACAAGCUGACGGGUCUCCAGCAGCAGUGCGAUGACUACGGCACCAGCUACUUGGGUCUGAUCGAGCUGAUCGAGGAGAAGGAAAAGAAGAUGAGGAAGGAAAUGGAUGCCCUUCAGACGCGGGGCAAGACUCUGCCGGGGAAGCCCAGGACGGGGGAUGACCUGGGCCGGAAGAUGGAGGAUUUGGAUCGGAAGAUCGAGAGGGUCGCGGAGGCCACCAGGAUGUUAAACGGCCGCUUAGAUAACGAAUUGGAUCGCCUGGCCGGUCCGGAACCGGACGACGCCUUCGAGGCGAGGUGGGAGGAGGUGGACGCUAGGCUCAACGUGACGGAGAAGAACGCCGAAGUGCACUGCUUCUACGUUGAGGAAACGCUCCGGGGUGUGAUCGAGGGCGAGGUGGACAACGUGAAGCAACUUCUGGACCGGAAAGUGCAGGCUGUGGAGGACCGCCUGGGCCGGGCUCUUUCCGAGAUCAUUAAUGGCUCCGAAGCCAACUACGGCCGAGCGGGGUCGGAGCUCCUGAUUCUCCCCGGCCCCGCCGACGAACAGAUCGCCACCGAACUGAGCUUCCUCAGGAAUAAAAUCCGAACCGUGGAGAGUCUUUGUCGGCAGAACUGUCAGGCUGGAUCCCACGGGCCAGAAGACGUCCUCUCGCCCCCGGACCCUGACAAAGAGGCGCGAGACGCACCCGCCCUCUGGAAAUCGCUAAACGACGCCGUGAGCCAGAAGUUCAGGGAACAGGAGGCUACUGACAGGAGAGUGCGACAGGACUUGAGGAUGAUUUAUUCUCAUCUGAACGGCACAGACCGUGAUGUCGAAUCACUCCGGGCCGGACUGGACAGUUGUAAAGAGCAACUUAAAGACGUCGUUUCGACCUGGAGGGCCUCGGAGCUGGAUAUCGUCACGAAGAUGGACGAGAUAGAAAGGGUGGUGGGAAAUCACACCGCCAGCGGGGCCCCGGCCGACAGCUGCUGCAGCAAUAUGGAGGAGAGGCUCAGGGGGCUGCACGGACGGGUCUUUUCCGAUCUGGACACGUGUCGCGAACACGCCGAGGGGAUCCAGAGGGAGGUCUCGGUGGUGGACGGGAGGGUCGCUCAUGUUGAGAAGGUCUGCGGGAAACUGGACGCGAUCUCGGGGAGCCUGCACAGGAUUAAAGACGGGCUGAACAGGCACGUCGGCAACCUGUGGAACUCCGUCAACCGGAUGAACGGGACUCUCGCGUCUCAGUCCGGAGAGAUUUUUGGCCUCCAGAAUUCUGUCCGGCACCUCCAUGGCCGAGUGUCCAAAAUUUCCACGGAUAUUUGGGAGCUGACGGGAGUUCUGCCUGGGGAACCGGAAAGCCCACCAGGAACCCCGCAGCCGCCUCGGCCAGGGAGCCCUCCGCGCCCAGCCCGCCCAGCACAGGUCGGUGGGUCCCCCUGGCCCGGAGACCCCCUGGCCCCGGAGCCCGCCGGGCGGCCGGCCAAGCCGGCCCGGCCUCUGACCCCCGGCGAGAGGCGGCCCACCCGCCCGGCCUCCCCGGGACUGCCCGCUCGGCCAGGCCCUCCUGACUCUGAAGGCUGGAUUCUGGAAACCGGGGAAGCCGGACCACCCGGCAGGAUGCUCGUGUGGGGACGAGGCCUGCCCGACGGCGUGGACGGCCAGCACGGCCAGAGGCCCGUCCCCAGCUCUGAAGGCUACGCCGGACCCCCAGGCUACCCCAAACCAUCUGCUCGUGCCAAUCCAGCAGACCCUCUGGCCUCAACUCUGGUGUCCUUCUCUGCCGGUCUGACCCAGAAACCGUUCCCCAGUGAAGCGGGGGUGGUCCUCUUCAACAAAGUGCUCGUAAACGACGGAGAUUUCUACGACCCCCAAACAGGGAUCUUUACCGCUCCGUACGCGGGCCGCUACCUGCUGUCCGCCACCCUGACCCCGGAAAGGGGCGACUAUGUAGAAGCCGUCCUGUCCGUGUCCAACGCCAACGUGGCUCAGCUGCACACUGCCGGCUACCGGCGGGAACUUCUGGAAUACCACCGGCCCCCCGGCGCCGAGGUUCCCUGUGGGGGCAGUGGGACCUUCCACCUCGUCGUCCCCUUGAAAGAGGGCGACCAGGUCAACGUUGUCGUGACCGGGGGGAAACUGGCCCGCACGGACGCGGACGAGAUCUUCUCCACGUUCAGCGGCGUCUUCCUCUACCCCACCCGCCCGCCCCCGGUCUAG